AAUGUCAUUUUUGAGGAGACAGUCGUUGUCGGAACAUUGUCUUAGAGCAUGCAUUGCAGUUGCAGGGGGGACUAUUAUUUUAGACGCACAAGACAGUUUCUAUGUGUUUGACUUGCAGAGGACCGUCAAAGUAAUUGAAUAAAGGAAUUGGUGUCUUCUCAUUCAGGAACCAUGGAGUUGUUGUGUGUCCGUCUCAUGAGGAACCAACGCAGUUGCCUACCUGCCUACCUGUCUAGAAGCUUUCAAACCUCCCUUUGCCGACAGAGACAAUCAACAACCAGGAGGACAUUACCUUCUACAGAACUCUACUCAACCAACACAUGUCGGAAUCUACUGCAGCCUGAAACCACAGACUCUGUUUGUCAACUACACUUAAGGCCAUCUUUAUCUCAGAGACGACUUUUCUCAUCUGAGAAUGCAAGAACAGUACUUUUCCCAGUGGGGACACCUAGACCUGACCCUGCUGUCCACUCUCUCCCUGUUAUAUGGCUGUCUAAGCAUGGACAUAACUUCAUCCAUACCUCUGCUCCUCUCCGCGCCCUGCCUGCGCCUCUCAUAUGGCUGGUACUCAAACCCCUGCAGAAGAUAGUGGCUAUUAUACUGGGCAGGAGUAUCAGGAAGUGGUGGUUGGCCCUCCCGCCCAAUAAGCAGCAGCUCGUGCGUCAGAACUUCUGGCGUCGCCGUUGGCAGCUGGUGGCCGGGGGUAUGGUUGCUAUGGUGAUCAUGGCAAGUUUCUUCCUGACUCAUCUGGACGAAUCGCCCAUCACGGGACGCACACGCCUCCUAGUCUUCAGUAGAGAGAACUACAUGGAGCUGGCUGCAGUGACAGGAGAUGGGUACAUGGAGGAAUUUGCUGAGUUGAUGGUUCCAGAGAAGGAUCCUCGUCACCAGGUGGUAGAGAGAGUGGUGGAGCACCUGGCCCAGAGGAACAAAGACAUCCCAGAGGUCUUCUCUGUUCCAUGGAGCGUCCACUUGGUCGACAGCCCUACCGUCAACGCUUUCAUACUGCCUAAUGGAAAGGUGUUCAUGUUCACUGGGAUGUUGGAGGCCGUUGCAGAUAUUCACCAGCUCACCUUCAUCCUGGCACAUGAGAUGGCCCACGCAGUGAUGGGACACUCUGCAGAGCAGGCCAGUAUGUCUCAUGUGGUAGACUUCCUGUCUCUGAUCCUGCUAACAGCCAUCUGGGCCAUGUGUCCUCGAGACAGCCUGGCUGUACUGGGACAGUGGAUACAGACUAAGCUCAUACAGUUCCUGUUUGAUCGUCCCUAUAGCAGGAAGUUGGAGGCAGAAGCUGAUCAGGUUGGACUCCAGCUGGCUGCCAAGGCAUGUGCUGAUGUGCGGGCAGGGCCAGUGUUCUGGCAGCAGAUGGAGAUCAGUGACCAGCUGAGAGGAGAACAUUCAGUACCAGAGUGGCUCUCCACACACCCCUCUCACAGGAACAGAGUUAUACAGCUGGACAGGCUGGUCCCACAGUACCUGGAGUUGAGGGAGAGCUGUUCCUGUCCUGCCCUCCCUGCUACAGACCCCAGAGCUGUCUUCGCUCAGAGUGUCAAAGUGCUGCUGAACGCUACUAGGGACCUGGAGGGAGAGGCGGGGAAGAGACUGAAACCACGAGCUCUGUCUCAGAGCCCAACCUCAGACCACAGCAGGGCUCCACAUCCAGGGGGACUGGCUACUGCCCUGCUAGCCUCCUCAGCCUCAGCCACAGCCUCAGCCACAGCCACAGCCCUGACCCUAGACACUGGAAGAUUUCAAGUGGGGACAUGCUGCACUCAAUGGCCUAAUGAGCAUAUACAAUGAGCAUAUAAAGUGAGGUCCAAAAUGAUUGACUCCCCUGAUAAAGAUGAGCAGUAAUGACUAUAAAAUAAAUAAAUACAAUUGAUAUGAUUUUAUACUUCUACAAUUGCUUAGAGAAAGAGAUUUUGUUAAACAAGAAUUGUUUUCUCAAAAAGGUAGGGUUUGAAAUGAUUGACACCCCUAAAGAUUGACGCCUCUAAAGUAAUCAAACGUUUAGUAUUUUGUCCCAUAAUCCUAUCACGCAAUGACUACAUCAAGCUUGUGACUACAAACUUGUUGGAUGCAUUUGCAGUUUGUUUUGGUUGGGUUUAAGAUUAUUUAGAAUAUAUUUCUCGACACUUCUACAUUGAUGUGGAGUUAAUUGUGAAUAAUGAUGAGUGAGAAAGUUACAGAGGGUCAAAGAUCAUACCCCCAACACAUGCUAACCUCUCACCGUUACCAAUAACAGAAGAGAUUUAACAAAUGAUUGUUCAAACUAUGGCUAUAUGUCUUCUAUGUACGCCUCACUGAAACUGCCAAGCAAUAAUUUAACAUGAUUUCCGAAAUCAAGUUUAUAAGGGAAAUAAAAGUCAAAACAUCUCAACUAUAAAAGAGUAAAAUACUAGAUUGAGUCAUCCUCUCUUUCCAAAGACCACAACCUGGAAGUCAGUGGAAAGUUGUGUUCGUCCCAUCUCAGUGGUGUUUGUCUAAUACAUGUUCAUGUGAUUACAAAUAAUUGCCAUGUAAUGUGUUUCUACAUGGAUUGUUGUACAGCCAAAUUCCUCAACAGUAAGAUAACACAACGCGUGAAAUAAACCUCCUUGAUUGAUCAAAACUGGAAACAUAUAAAUAACAUUCUAACAACAUUGAGGAAAUGUCUUGGUCACCCUGAUACAAACCAUGUAAGAAUGUCCUUCAGAAAGUACUCAUACCUCUUGACUUAUUCACAUUUUGGUUUUCUGGGUAGACCGUGUGUAGGCACUGUGUCCUGUAUGUCACCUACUUUAUUUACACUAUCGUGUCCAUCCAUCACCACCUGUUGCCAUGUGUUUUUGUGGUAAUGUGGCCAUCGUCAAGUUAAUUUAAAUGAGUUUUAUGUCUCGUCCUGAAGGAAUGGUAUUGUGUUGUAUUUUAGUGUCAAAGAUCUUUGUAAAAUCAUAGAAAUGUGUAGUUUUGUACAAAUCAUGUAUUGAACAAGCCAAAGAACAUAUUUUCUAUACUAGAAUGUACACCUUAGAACCUGACAACCCAAAAAUGAAUGGGUUUUGA